AUGGCUUCUCGACCUCAGAAUACAGAUCUACUUGUAUUUGUCGAUGCCCGCUCUAAAAGGCAAAUCCCAAGGGAGCCUCGAGCUCUCGAACCUGCUCUGCCAACUUCGAUGAUGAACGCCAAAAACCCGACGACGAAUGACCGCACUGCAGAAUCAGGACUAUUUGACCUGGGCGCGCAUCCUAAUCAAGAUCGACCGAAGAGACCGCUCCGUCGAAAACGACGCUUUACGAUGGGCGGGCCCGACCGACCUCCAAACGAAACAGCCGAUGCGCCAAGCGGCAAUGAUAUCUCAAUCAAUACAUCGGGUUAUUCUGGUCAGGAGAGAUCCAGCGUCACGAUAUCUGUCUCUACGGAGGACUGGGCGAAGCUUGAUCCCGGAAGAAAUGCCCCACAGCCAGGUCUCCACCCUUCCAGUGCAGCUGAUUCGGGCCGCAUUCCAAGAAAACCAAAUUCAACUACCAUCUUGAAGAGACACGAGGUUAGGGGUUCCAGAUCCCAGUCUCCCAAAGCCAGUUAUCCUCCCACAAGUUGGAAGAUCUCAUCCAGAGACCAUUUUGCUGCUUCUGCUUCUGCUUCCGCUUCCGCUUCCGCCGAGGAAGGCUUUUCAAAUACCCUUCACAAAGACUCGGACGCCAGAGCUUUUGCAAACCCCCUUGAAAUUCCGAACUUGAAGGCCUUGCCACUCACCAUAUCAUCGACAAGAACUGGAGCGUUGUCGGAGUCAUCGUCGCCGCGCUUAUUUCCAUCGGGCAUUCAAGCGUCUUCUUCAGAAGCUAUAAGAGAAACUUCCUCGGCAACGUGUUUGAUCGCCCACCCAACAGGUCCUUCAAGUCGAGAGUCAAGCUCUUUACCUACCAGACGUAUUUACAUACGGUCACAUCGACGCACCAACAAGGCCGUUUCAUCCUCGUCGAUAUGUACUCCAACGGGAACAUCACCAACACCAGAAGACGACAACGCCGAUAAUGAGCCAUGCUCCAUACCCCACUGCCUCCCCGCAGAACCCACCCUACCGGAUCCCGAAGUUGUCUAUGCUCACAAAUAUCACUAUACCACCUGCCCUCACACAUCUCCACCAGCAUCCCGGCCUCUCAAUGCCCAACCUACGCUCGCUGGAUAUGAUGAAGGCCUUCUUGCCUACCCACCGUUUCAUCUGCAAACAUGGGGUUCCAGGUGCCUUAUGGCGCCGCCAAAUAUUUAUAUCAUCGAGGGCUCAUGUCCCGAAUGUGAUCUCGCGUCGCGCCGAAAAGCCGAAUCGGAAAUUCUAGACAAAUAUACGGAUACAUUGGACAAUUUGUCACUGCAAAUACAUCUGUUGUCCCAGGACGUUGAACCUGACUUUCCAACCGCGAUCAAAUCUGCGAUCAGAGCCAAUACCGCAUCAGCGUUGAUGUUCUCGCAUUCCAACAGGGACAGAGGCUUCGACUGGACCACCCGGGUAUCUGCACAUCCAACCAUCACUCCAGAAACCACCCAGACGAUCCUCGAGAUAGAGCGUCACCUAGACCAUGUGAUUGAACAACGCGACCGUGAAGUCAAACUGAUCUGGAAGGGCUACACCGCACGCUGGGGCCCAGCGACUGUCGGAAUCCAUCGGGAAAACCACACGCUGAAGAAGACAAGAAGUCGCGCACCAAGCACCAGCGAAAGAAUCGAUCUGACCGAGCAGGACACCACCAGCUCGACGAGCAUCAUUGCUUCAACAGCCGAGGCUGGAACGGAUAGACCUUCCACCAUGACAUCCAUGUCGGCGACAUCAACACACAUGACCAAGACGAGAUCUUCAUCUAUUCGAAGCCAGCGAAGUAGUCAGGGCACAGGGACGGGGGCACAAACAUAUAUGAGCGUUGGGAAUGGGCCGAAAGAUCGGUAUUCAGACGGUACACACGACGUCAACGUGCCUUCAUCGGUAGACGGGGUCAGAAACGGCGGGAGGAUGAUUGUCGAUUGGAUCCGGCCCGAUCUCGAUUCUGAUGGGAGGCCAAGAACGAGAAGCAGGAGCCAAUCUCAGAACCAGAACCAGAGCAGAAAUCACAGUAGGAGUCAGAGUCAAAAUAGGGGCCAUGAGACUCGUUCAUUGGAUAUAUGGUAG